AUCUCUUUCUAUAGCUGACCUUGUCCUUGAUCUGUCGUUUCAGGCUGAAAGAGGAGAGAGAGUGACUCCAGCGGCACCAUGAAGACCUUCUUCCUCCUUCCGCUGACACCCUUCCUCCUUUUCCUCUUGCUUCGGCUACCCGGCAGGACUCUGGCCAGCGACUGUCCCCAGGACUGCUCCUGCUCCACCCCAGAAUCCAUCUUCUGUUUCCAGCGCCGCUCCGCCACCAUGCCCCACGGUGUCCCGGCACCCACCAAGAACCUCUACCUCUUCGCCAACGGCAUCGAGACCCUGGCGGAGGAGGACUUCGUGGGGAUGGAGAGCCUGGAGAUGCUGGAUCUGAGUCAGAACAAACUCACCAAACUGCUCGACCGGGUGUUUGAGCCUCUGACUUCCCUGAGGAACUUGGACCUCUCAGCCAACCAGAUCACCCAUCUGUCAGAGGAGAGCUUUGCGGGCAUGGCCCUGCUGGAGAGGCUGUAUCUCUACAGCAACCACAUCCAGACUAUUCACCCCGCCGCCUUCCAAGGCCUGGAGCAGCUGCUGGAGCUCAAGCUGCAGGGCAACCAGCUCACCUCGCUCCCUGCCCUAGCCAUGCCUAGGCUGCUGCUGCUGGACCUCCGCUUCAACACCCUCCCAUCCCCGGGGUCAGCCGACCUCCAGAUGCCCAACCUGGAGUCUCUGAAGCUGGCCGGCCUGGGCCUCAAAAGCCUGGACGAGGACCUGAUGGCCAGCCUGGGGAACCUCCAUGAGCUGGACAUCUCCGGCAACCAGUUAGGCUCCUUCCCCCUGGCGCUGAGGGAGGCCCGGGGCCUGAUCCACCUGAGCCUGGCCGGGAACCCCAUGGGCCCACUGACGCUGGAGGACCUGCAGAACUUGGGCGAGCUCCAGGAGCUGGACAUCAGCAACUUGAGUCUGCAGGGCUUGCCUGACGGGUUUGCACAGCUUUUCCCUCACCUGACUAAGCUGACGGUGGCCGAGAACCCCUUCAACUGCCUGUGCACCCUGGCCUGGUUUCCCGGGUGGCUCAGGAACCAGGGGGUGACACUGGGCAGGACGGAGGAGACCCGCUGCCACUUCCCUCCCCUCAACGCUGGGAAGGUGCUGGAGAGGCUGGAGCACAGGGAGUUUGGCUGCCCCACCACCACUACUGUCACAGCUAGCACAGUCAGAACCAGCACCACCAUGCCCCCUCCGGUCACCACCCUGCCCAGCACCACCCCAGCCAUCCCUGCACCCGGGCCCAGUGAGGAGGACACCUCAACUGGGACAGACAGCCAGCCCCUGCCCCCCGUCCGUGCCUCUCCCAGCAGCAGCAGCCAAGACCAAGAGGUGGACUUCUUCUGCCCCUCCCAAACCUGCUUGAACGGGGGCACCUGUCGGCUGGACAGGCAAGGCCACCUGGAGUGCACCUGCCCUCGUGGCUUCUACGGCACCUAUUGCGAGAACCGCCAUUACCCCCACCCUCCUCCCGAUCAGGAUCACAAUGACAACAACAACGACAUUUCCGCGGCAACCGUCACCGCCGACGCCCCCGACAUCAGCUCGCGCCUGGUGACCAGCUCCUCCAUCCUGCUGGACCUGCACCGCUACAUCGAGGCACGGCCCUACAUCCGCGGCAUCCGUCUAACCUACCGCAACCUGUCGGGGCCCGACCGGCGUCCCAUGCAGCUCAGCGUGCCCGCUUCCUACCCGGAGUACACCCUGAGGGGGCUGAGGCCCAACUCCACCUACACGGUGUGCGCCAGCCCACUGGGCGACCUCAACGGUGGGGACAGCGUCUGCAUGGAGGCCCACACAACGGCCCAGCAGCACACUGCCACGGGGAGGCAGGUGGAGGACAAGAGGCUGACCACCAUGCUGCUGCCGGCUCUGGCCAUCCUGCUGCUCCUAGUCCUGGUGGCAGCCGCCGUGGGGGUGGUGUGCUACAUAAGGAAGAAACGGGCCAAGGGGCAAAUGGAUCUGGACUGUGAGCCAGCCCAGCUGGAGCUGGAGGGAGUCAAGGCUGGUUUGGACAUUGGAGGGGGAAUGUCCCAAAAGCAGCCGGAGCCGGCUGUGGUUCAAAAUGGCGGCCUGGAGUACGAGGUGCUGCUAAUACAGGAUCAUUGCACGGCGAACAACAACAUGGCUCUCUCUCAUAAGCCCUCUUAUUUCUGACGCCUAUCUCUGUUGCUACUCAGACCUAGAGGGUAAGACUAUGUUCCUCUAGCUACUCCUUCCCUAACGAACUAGACACCAGCUUGAGUUGUUGGUGACAGUGGAGGAGAAAGAGAGAGGACCGGCCAGCCACGUGUCAGCAAUUGAGAAACUGAACAAAUAUUUCACUUACCAUGCUAUGUAAUGUUUGUGCAGACAUUAAAAUAAGGGAGCUUUUAAAAAAGUGCCUUUAUUCUUAUUUACACCCCUCCUGCUUUGUUUCUGCAAUCACAUUGCUGGACUGGCGCCCCGCGGCUCGCUACUGAACGCACCCACUCUCCACAGCAGGUCAAAGGUCAAGCGAGGCUGGGCCAGGCAGAGAGACACCAUCGGCUGGAGCCAAGGGUCAAAGUGACCUAAUCCCUGCUGUGUGUACUCUAAAAAGGGGUCUGCACUGAAAUGGGGGUGUAUUGCUGUGCCCCCCUUGUGAUGACUGAACUAUGUAAAAACAGAAUAAGCAAUUAUUUUGCUACGUAGCACCACAGCACUACCCCAGUGGUGCUUGCUGUGAAUGACAUCAGAGUCACCAAAUGAAGAUAACUUUUUUCAGUAAUUGAAAAGCAAGGUGCCUGACGUUUACCAUGCGUUGUUUAGGCUCUAUUGCUUAGUGAAGUUGUCAUUUUUUUGUUGUGUUUGUAAAUGUUUUUAUACUCUUGCUGUUGUUGUUUUUCUGUACAUACGUGACUGUUACCACCCUUCCAUCCCCCCCUAACUGCUUGUGAUUUAUCGGACAGACAAAACCCCAGAUUAAAAUCUUUGAAGAUUAAAACUCGUUUGUACCAGCGAUGUCAAUCAAAGGCUUUACCCUACGAAUGUCAGACAGUCUAAGUAGCUGUAAGUCUGGGCAGACUUUGAAACUAAAUCCCCUCUCCAUUCUCUGGCCCUCAACCCCAUCUCCCCUACACAAAACUCACUGAUGAACAAGAUUACAAGAAUUACAAAGGGAAGCAGUUGGCUGAAACCCUAACAUUUGUUUCUGUGCUGCAGCGAACUUCAAACAUCCCCCGAGCCUGCCUCAGUUAAAGAGAAGAAGGGGAAAAAAGAAACACUUACUUUCCAAAGGCUUUAUUUAUUGUUUAUGUCCCCAAGAGGGAACACAGUUAUUUCAAUAAACCGCAAUUCACAAGAACGCACUUGCUAGCCUAGCGUAGUCUAGCUUAGCCUAGCCUCAGAGAUAGAUGCUUGUGGAUUUCCCUCAGGCAGAAUUAGUCUCUACGGUGCUUUGUUGUGCACCAUUAACCGGUCUUUGGCAAAAGAGGGUCCCACGUCUUGCUCACUUGCAGCCAAGCAGACUAUGAAAAGUCCAAGCGUAGCGCAUAGUUUGAAGGUUUUAUAUAGGCUCUGUCUGGGACAAGGGACAUUGAGGACUUGUAUUUGGAAAAAAGCUGUACACCAAACUAGAAUAUGCUGAAACACCAGUGUUGAGAUUCAAAUCUCUGAAUGUGAAAACAGUCUAAGUAACUUUUAUGUGUCUGCCGCUAACCUGCCGGCCCUCAUGAGGAUCUCAGUGCCUACUACAGUAUGAAGAUCUCUGUCGGAAAACAGCUCAGUGAUAAUGUGGCAACAUGUCCCGUCUUGUGCACAGAGAGGCAGACAUCAAGUCACUCUCAUGCUUCAGUAGUACUGUAUCCCCCACUAAACACACACACACAAACACACAGAGAUACAUACACAUACACACCGCGCACACACACAUGCCCACCUACUCCGUCCACUACAUUUAAAGAGAUUCUCCAGUACUUUUGUAUAGUUUUUAGCCAGUAGUUCCGAAAGUAGCAUUCACGAGACAAAAGUGGUCCCUGCGCACUACGUCGCAUAUGUGCAGAUAUGUGCCACACUUAAUUUCUCUUUCUCGCUCUGCUGUGUGUGCAUCUUGCUAGCUGUUGCUCAA